AUGACGGAACGUAUCGGCGAAGAACUUUUUAAUGAAUUAUACGCGGAUAGUUUAUCUGAUUGUCCGAGUGAUUUCGAAAUAAAUUAUAGUGAUUCUGAAAAACACAAUAGUCAAUCACACCAAAAGCAUUUGUAUCGUACUGCUAAUCAACAGUAUCGUAUACAUAAUGAAGUAAUUAAAAGUUGUCUGUAUCCUGCCUUAGCUGAUGUUGCUAGUGAUGCUGGUGGUGCAAUGAAUUGCAUUUCUGGUGUUAGUUACAUUGCUUGCAAUUUGACUAUGACAAGUGCACAUAUUCGUAAAAUCACUACUACAAAUACUAAAAGUAAUAUUAAUCAAUUUUCAAAUCGAACUUUGGCACCAAAUUCCAGUGGUAUAUCACAAGAGACGCUCAACCAAAGCGUUGGCUCAUCACGGGCGAAUUCUCUACCUCGACCAAUAUCGCCGUCACCGUCCGUUGUGAGCGAUAAAAAUGAUGGAGAUGUACAUGAGAAGCAUGGACGUGAGGAAGAAGAUCGAAAACGGCGUAUACAAUUGUACGUUUUCGUUUCACGUUGCAUAUCGUAUCCGUUCAAUGCUAAACAACCGACGGAUAUGACCAAACGGCUGCCGAAAAUUGCCAAGCAACAACUGGAGACGAUUGUUGUGCGAUUCCAAGCUUUCUUGAAAGGUGAGACGCAAAUAAUGGCUGAUGAAGCAUUCCACAAUGCUGUACAAAGCUAUCACGAUGUUUUCCUGAAAUCGGACCGUGUACAAAAAAUGGUGCAGUCUGGAGCCUGCUCGCAGCAUGAUUUCCGAGAGGUUUUUCGUAACAACAUUGAGAAACGUGUAAGGUAA